UCUGUCAGAUUCUUAUGUCAUAAUUUAGUCAAAAUUGUCGUGAAGUCGAUCAUAUCAAAUUUUUCCUUCGGAAUUCUAGUAAAACUUUAAAUAUUCCAAAUUAUAAGUGGAUUGUAAACCGUAUUUUGAAUUCUCAAUAUGGCCUUCGUGUGCCCCGAAAAGUCAGAGAAGAGAAAAUCCCUACUCAGCGAUCUCAAGAAACUAGUCAAUCAGAUAGGAGACAACUGCCCUCCGCAAUGCUGUCCAGUACCUUGCGGAACUAUACCAGUUUGUACUCCUGGCACUUGCCCUCCUCAGAGUGCAACGGUACCAAUUUCAAUGCCGCCAUGUAAUCCACCCAUUUGCGUACCACCGAUACUACCUAUCUGCACGCCGGUGCCACCACCAUGCGUCCCUGUAUGUAAUCCAAACCCAGAAGAGCAACCGUGUGUACCCUGUAACCCUCCGCAAAUGAUGGUUUGUUAUCGAAGGCCUAAAAAUAAUGGAAACAAUGGUACCAGAUCCAAGUCUCGAGAAUUAAGAGCUAGUAUUCUUCAUGUUGGGUGUGACUGCGAAAAACACAACGGCCUCCAAGACGACUGUCAAAGAUCAGAAUGUCACGGCGCACCAGACUGCCUUACACAACCAGAUCCCUCUUGUGGACCAAGCCAAGCCUCAAGGUAUUCAGGAUACACCAGUGGCCAGAAAGAUCUAGAGCAAUACCAGUGCUAUCCAGCUUAUGUCAAGUUUCCGCAGUGUCCUCCUUGUGGGCCUCCUGCGAAUGGAUCUCCAUCUUGCCCUGCUACUUGUGGUCCAUGUCCACCACCAUGUCCACCUAACUGCAGUCCAUGUUCUCCUUGUGGUCCUUGUUGUCCUCCAUUUUGUCCACCGCCUUCUGUUCCCCUGAUUGCACAGUCUCCUUGCCCACCUCCAAUCAAACCUAGCUGUCCACCAUUGGUACCAAUUGGAAAAGUUGUUCCAGUAGCUCCGGCUAUUCCAUGUCCCAUCAUGUGUCCACCUCCUAUGCCAUGCGCUGCUCCAAUUUGUUGUCCGCCACCUUGUUGCCCGCCACCAUGCUGUCCACCGCCAUGUUGUCCAUGUCCUUGUUAGAUCCUAUCAUUGUAUAUUGAUCUCCAUUGAAAAUGGUGUACUAAAAAUAAAAAAUGCGUUUA